CAAGCGCGUUGCUAUUAGGAUGGCGUAUUUUUUGAUGAGCUAAAGUAAAGGGGAAUUGUCUAGGGUGAGUCCGCGCUGGCAGCGGCCGAACUCCAGGAAGGCGUCAGGCAACGGCACGACAUUGGGUGCCCGCUACACCCCGUUAACGUUCUUCGGAGGAGCUAGUGCUAUUUCGGCGGAAUCACGACCCUGUUCAGAGAUGUUACUACAUGCCUCUGGAGCAGGUGGGACAUGAAAUCCAGACCGUCAAGCACUGCACCACAAGAGGGCCUGAAGUCUUCAAAAUGGUGGCACCCAACAUCGGGCUCGAACCCACGACGUGAGAUUAAGACCUUCAGUGCACAAAUGAGCUAGCUGGGGAUAUAUUGAGUGUUAAAGAAAGGGACUCUGGCGCAAGUAUUAUGCAAGAACCACCUUUUUAAGUAGGAUAAUCUUCAAGUUUUUGUGAAAGCCCAGUGCUGAAUUUUGGACUUUACAGCAGCUGCAAUGUUACAAGGCAAUGUGGAGCUAGGGAGACUGCUGUCUCCCUGUAUUGCACCUUAAAAAUUAAUGCUUGUCUGUGCAAAUCAGCACUAUGGAAAACCAGAAAGGAGCUUCUGAAAGGAUCCUGUUAGAGCCUUACCACUACGUGCUUCAGAUGCCAGGCAAACAAGUGAGAACCAAACUUUCACAAGCCUUUAACCACUGGUUGAAUGUCCCUGAAGAGAAAUUGCAGGUCAUCAUAGAAGUUACGGAAAUGUUGCACAGUGCUAGUUUGCUGAUUGAUGAUAUUGAGGACAAUUCUAAGCUGCGCCGUGGAUUUCCUGUGGCACACAGUAUCUAUGGUAUUCCAUCUGUCAUAAACUCUGCCAACUAUGUUUACUUUUUGAGUCUGGAGAAGGUGUUGACCCUCGAUCACCCAGAGGCCAUUAAAGUCUUCACACAACAGCUACUUGAGCUACAUAGAGGUCAAGGCUUGGACAUCUAUUGGAGAGAUACAUAUACAUGUCCCACAUUGGAAGAUUACAAGGCCAUGGUGCUACAGAAAACUGGAGGACUCUUUGGACUAGCUGUCGGCCUCAUGCAACUGUUCUCUGAAAAUAAAUCUGACUUGAAGCCUCUUCUUGACACACUGGGACUUUUAUUUCAGAUACGUGAUGAUUAUGCAAACCUAUUAUCCAGUGAAUACAGUGCAAACAAGGGGUUUGGUGAAGACUUAACAGAGGGGAAGUUUUCUUUCCCCCUUAUACAUGCUAUCUGGUCACAUCCAGAAAGUACACAAGUGCAAAAUAUUUUGCGACAGAGGACUGAAAAUAUGGAUGUAAAGAAAUACUGCGUGAGUUAUCUUGAAAAAGUAGGUUCUUUUGAUUACACCAAAAAAACACUCAAAAUGUUGGAAUCUGAAGCUUACCAAACUAUUGACAGUUUAGGAGGUAACCCACAGUUAGCAGCUUUAAUUGACCAACUUAGUCAAUUGUAUAAAGAGACUUAAGAUGGUUCCCUUUUUGACACUCCUGAUUUCUUUUCUUGUACUCACUCCUUGCAUACGUGUACUUUGUCAUGAGUGCUUUUACUUGAUUUCUCUGUCACUUCACUGUCUAGUGCUUUUUCUCUUCUGGGAUUGCCGUCCUGUGAUUUGAUGCAUGUACUCAUGUCCUUAGCCCUGCAGUAUGAGUUUGAAAUAAUACUUCAGUUUAUGUUGAUUUUGUAUGAAUGUUAUGAUUCCACUUAACCAUUUCCACCUUGAAAAGAUUAACUUUUGGAUGAGCACAUUUUUAGAUGGAUCUGUGAUUUAACACCCUGGUGUACAAUCAGGAAUCUAACCAAGAGGAGAAAUACGGUGAUACAGUCUCUAACCACUAUUUUGCAAGCAUGAUAUUUUACAGCCCCACCCUCACUCACCUUACCUCCCAUUUUGAUGGUUGCAAGUGUUAGAGGCAGUCUUGCCUUUGGGUUCUUGCUGCAUGAGUUUCACUGAUCUGAAAAUGCCUGUAAAGACCCAUUGCUUUAAUGCUUGUCUUAAGUUUUUUUCAACAGUGUCUUCAGGGUCAUGAUGGGAGAUGUAAAGACAUUGUCUGCAGCUCAGCUGAGCCAGGGCCUUGAGGUUUGUGAAGGCAAGAAUCCGAAGUAAUAGCAUUGAAUCAUCAGCAUUGAAGAGCAGUAUAUGUCACACACUGCUCUGCUGCACUCCUUGAGACUACUGAAGUUGCAGCAGAGCAGAUUAAUUAUUCUGCUGUUUGCUAUUAUAUAACUGAAAUGCUUGUAACUUGGCCUUUUAUGUCAAAGAAUAGUGCUAGUUGACUGAACACAAACAAAUCCCCUUCCAGUUAGAUCCAGACAGAUGAAAGGAUUGGUGCACAUGAACUCAUUACAGUUGUGUAUUUUUAAAAUAAAUUCAGUUAAUUUCUGUUUGA